CUUCCUGUGGUUUCUGAAAGGUGCUACACUUAAGAGGGGAGUGAAUCUCACUGUUGACAAUAGACGAUCUUUGGAACAACACCGAAACCACGGGCUGAGUAAAGUUUUGUCGAAGUGUCGGACUCUGUGUCGUGGUGUUUCACAGACCUGGCGGACUCAUGGAGACGCGACAGCAGAUGAAGGACACGCUGCAGCGGCGCAUAGACGCGCUGAAAGACGAGCUGCACAGUUUGAGUCGGGACAUCUGGGUCCGUCCGGAGCUCGGCGGCGAGGAGACGCAUGCGCACGACAGGCUGCUCCGCUUCUUCUCUCAGGAGGACCCGGCGUGGACGGUCCACCGUCACUACAAGCUGCCGACCGCUUUCCGGGCCAGCUGGGGUCCGGGCGGCGGGGGCGGCGGCCCGGUGCUGAACGUGGGCUUCCUGUGCGAGUAUGACGCGCUGCCGGGCAUCGGGCACGCGUGCGGGCACAACCUGAUAGCGGAGGCGGGAGCCGCGGCCGCCGUGGGGCUGAAGGCUGCUGUACAAGAGCAGACUGAACUGUCAGUCAAGAUAACUGUUCUCGGAACCCCUGCAGAGGAGAACAAAGGAGGAAAGAUCGACCUGAUGGAGGCGGGGGCCUUCGCCGACCUCGACCUCGUAUUCAUGGCUCAUCCGUUUCAGCAGGACGUUUCCUUCCUGCCCUGUCUCGCACUUGACGCGGUGACGGUGAAGUACCACGGGAAGGCAUCUCAUGCCGCGGCAUACCCCUGGGAGGGGGUGAACGCCCUGGACGCUGCCGUUCUGGCCUACAACAAUGUCUCUGUACUCAGGCAGCAGAUGAAACCACAGUGGCGGCUUCACGGCAUCAUAAAACAUGGAGGUGUGAAGCCCAACAUUAUCCCUGCCUACACUGAGUUAGAGUUUUAUCUGCGCACGCCGCUGGUUAAGGAUCUUUGCGACCUCAAGGCUAAAGCGGAGGCUUGCUUCAGGGCAGCCGCUGAGGCAACUGGUUGCCAAGUGGAGAUAACCUACCCAUCCCAUGCGUACCAUAACAUUCUGCCUAAUGCCACACUGGCAAGUCUGUAUGAAAAUAAUGGAAAAGCUCUGGGGAUGCAGUUUCCAGAGCAGCCAAAUGACUUCUCUGGUUCAACAGACUUUGGCAAUGUAUCAUUCGUAGUUCCUGGCAUCCAUCCUUUUUUCUACAUCUGCACAGAUGCACUUAACCACACUGAGGAAUACACCGAAGCAGCUGGAGCUGAAAAGGCCCAGUUGUACACCCUGAGGACAGCCAAAACCCUGGCUAUGACAGCUGUGGAUGUAGUGUGCUGCCCUGAUCUGCUCAGGCAAGUGAGAGAGGACUUCGAAGUGGCCAAUCGGAAACAGGAGAAAUGAUGCAGCUUUGACAACUCCAUUAAAUACACCCAACUUUAAUGAUGAUUAUAGGAAAAUAAGGAGGAAUUCAAGGACAAUUGAGGGUGUGAGGAACCCAUAGACUGUUUAAAAAAAUGGACGUAGAAAUGUAGCCAGUGUGGAAGACACCUGUAUUCUCUGGAAUGACCAGCAGAGGGCGACUCCACUGGUUGCAAAAGAAGUCUGUUGCACUUUAAGUCUAUGAGCAAAUGACCCUAUGAUUUAUAACUUCAGUUAACAUUUUCCUGAGGAGUUUAUAGUCUUGAUGGCUAGUUUCAAGUCUGCUCCAAUACAGCAUGGUGUUCAUUUUGUAAAUCGUGGUCUCAUUUAGAGUAAAAUAGACGAUAAAGUACAGUAUGCAUUGGGGGGCGUGGAUACAGCAUGAUUGACAGCUGGUACCGUCCAAUGAUUGCAGGUGUAGUCGGGCGCACAGUGGAUAAGCUCUCAAUCUCAAACACACUAAAAGCAACACUGCCUAAAUAAAGCAGACUCUUAAGCUGUUUCCAGACAUGCACCGAAGUCCGUACAUGUAUUUGAGAAUGCAAAUGUUGUUCCGGACAUUUUCCAGAACGUUUCCUGCCAUGGAAAAUGUCAGAGUGACCUUGUUCCAGAAAUGUUCCUGUAGACUCGGACAAUGUCCUGAUGCUUUCAUCAUAUGUGAAUGGCAAACGAGUUCUGAAAACAGCUUUAGUCUUGUUUUUCAUUCUUUUGUCUAGGAGCGAUUUAGAUUUCUGGGCAUGCUUCAGCUGCACACAUUCAGUGGUCACAGAUGUGGUGGAAAAUCAGGUUAUGGACAUCGUUUUGAUGUUUGAAUCCUUUUCAUGUCUUUCUGCUGCAUGAUGCUUUUGCUUUUGUUCAGGUCGAUUGUAGGACGAUAGUUCACUCAGGCUGAGCUGUCACCACGCCCUUUGGGACGUUACUUAGAAAACUUGCAACGGUUUCGAAAAAAGAGAAAACAAAAAGGUGGUCCGAGACUUUUCAUAUUACACCACAUCACAUGUGAGCAUUUAAUGGUCUUACAGAAUAAGCGGUUUAAAUGAUUGGGUAUGAAUGCUCAUCAGCAAUCAGACUUCUGCCAGAGAGUGAAGAGAAACCCUGGAGCUGGUACCAAUCCAAUGUCUAACAACUGUGAAAGCUUCUCCCUCAGCACUGUUUAAAUAUACUGUAUAAGGCAGCAGGAAAUUAGGAUAUUUUUGGGACCAACACAUAAUUUUCCAGUGAAAUAUCACCAAAUGCUUCAGCUGACAAACUUUGUGCUCACAAGUCUGUUUGUUCAUUUUAAUUCAUAUCUGCAAAAAAAGAAGACAUUUUCAGACAUGCAUCUCAAUCCAUUUCUAUUUGUAGAAAAUAAAUAAAUUUAGACGAGCAUGAGAUUUAAAA